AGCUACUUCCGUCUGGAUGCAGGAGUGGGCCAUUUCCGGUAGUGAGUGGAGGCGGCUUCAGAAGUGGAAGGAGAAAGACUAUAGUCAUGAUGGGUUUGACAAAGCUGGUUUUGUACCUUACCAUGUGCGGCAUUUAUGCUCUGAGUAAACCCACUGAGAAGAAGGAUCGAACCUUCCAUGAUAAGGAACUGAGUGACAAAGUACAUGAUGACACAGAGAACUUCGACUAUGACCAUGAUGCUUUCCUUGGAGCUGAAGAGGCAAAGACAUUUGAUCAGCUCACUCCUGAGGAGAGCAAAGAGAGGCUUGGAAUGAUAGUAGAUAAAAUAGAUGAGGAUAAGGACGGAUUUGUCACGGAGGCAGAGCUGAAGGCCUGGAUAAAGCGGGCUCAGAAGAGGUACAUCUUCGAGAAUGUUGGGCGCCAGUGGCCAGAUUUCGACACUAACCAGGAUGGGCUUGUUUCCUGGGAGGAGUACAGAAAUGUAACAUACGGCUACUACCUGGAAGAUGGAGAGGCUGAUGAUGGUUACAACUACAAGCAAAUGAUGGCAAGAGAUGAGCGUCGGUUUAAAAAGGCUGACCAGAGUGGAGACUUGUUUGCCACAAAGGAGGAAUUCACUGCUUUCCUACAUCCAGAGGAAUAUGACCACAUGAAGGACAUUGUUGUGUUGGAAACCAUGGAAGAUAUUGAUAAAAAUGGAGAUGGCUUCAUUGACUUGGAGGAAUAUAUUGGUGAUAUGUACACUGCAGACAGUGAUGGCCAUGAGCCUGACUGGGUGAAAACCGAACGCGAGCAGUUCACAGAGUUCAGAGACCGUAACAAAGAUGGCAAAAUGGACAAGGAUGAAACCAAAGACUGGAUCCUGCCAGCUGACUACGACCACGCUGAGGCUGAAGCUCGCCAUCUUGUCUACGAAUCUGAUGAAAACAAGGAUGGAAAACUCACAAAAGAAGAAAUAGUGAAAAAAUACGAUCUAUUUGUGGGAAGCCAGGCUACAGACUUCGGGGAGGCCUUAGUAAGGCACGACGAGUUCUAAGUACACAGAUAACCACUUCAGAGAGAACAAGAAUCCAUUCCAUAAAGGAUAAUUUAUUUUUUACAAUGUGCAGUUUUCACUCAUUACAUUCUCUAGCUGCCAUAGAGUUUGACUUGGAAGCAGAGAAAGUUGGCGGGAAGGGAGGGGUGGGAAGAAAGAACGGUUAGGGAUGGGGAGGAAGGGAGGUGGUUCCAAUGAAACAGCCAUCCUAAACCUAGAGGUUAACAUGUAAUUAGAUGUUUACUUGAUAUGUGUCUGAAAAAAGAAACUUUGUAUGAUGUACUUUCCCCUCAUUUGAUCAAAUAUUGUAGAACUUCUAAAGCAAAAUUUGUGUAACUUCCAGGAAACCCACCUGGCUUUGCAGUCAAAAACAAUGAAGUGUGUUUUCAGAUUGGGUUUUUUUUUCUUGCCUGAAGAGCGUACCGUUGCCAUUUUGUUGUUGCUUAAGGCAACAUUGCUGGAAUGCACACAAUGGAGAACAAAAUGCAUACUCUGUAAGCUACCUUUGUUGCCUUUCAGAGUGGGUUCUUGUAAUAUGUACUGCUAAAAUAUUGUAUUAUGUGAAAUGAAUGGGAAGAAGACCAGCUGAUUCACUAAAUGUGCUGAUUGAAUGAGGGAAGGGGAGAAGUACUUUGGCAAAGUUUUCUCCAGGACCUCCAGAUAUGGUGAGUCCUAAAAUCUCUAGGACCGGCUGUUUUCAAUGAUGUGACAUCUUAUCCCUCAAAGUAGAUAUAAAUCUAUAUAGUACUGAUCACACAAUAGCAAUCACUUUAUUUAUCCUUGAGCUUUUCAGUGGCCCUGUGUGGUCAAUGUAGUUUAAAAGUACAAGUCUAGAAUUAAAAGUUUUAUCUCUAAGAAUGGGUGCCCUGUUCUGCUGAUCACAAGCUUUGAAGGCAUAUCACUCAAUUUAAAUUUGUUCAAACAGGUAAUGUGCAACUGCAUUAUUCCUUAUUUACUGCCAAAAUGUAUAAAUAAUAUACUUCAAUAAGACCCUUGCAGUCAUUCACUAAGUAAAUUCAGUUUUAUAUUUGUACAUACAAUGAAGUGUAUGUAGUUGUUUCUAUAGGUAUUAUUACAUUGUGUGUAUAAAUGGACUGUACAUCUUGUUAGGUCCACUUGAAUCAAAAACAGAUUUCUAGGAUUAGCAUCACUAUCUGCUUUGGUGGAACAAUCAAUUUUUGAUCAUCUUCAUGGAACUGGAAAACAAAAGACAACUAACUAGAUAGUUAUUUUUUCAGUGACAGUAUGAUAUGUAUUCUUUGCAUUUGACUAUUCUGAUGUGCAGUAAUAUGGGCUUCAUUGCCAUGAAUAGUUUGAAUGUGGAGAAUCAUUAUAAUAAAAUUUCACAAGUGAAGUGGGAAGGAAAUGUGAUGACCUCUGUUGAAUAGUGUGUGUUUAUUUUGUGAUGAAUGAAGUCUAAUUUGCACCAGUCAUUCAGUGUAAGUACAAUAUUAUUCUCGGAUGCAGUAGUGUUAUUACAGUUAAAAAUGCAAAAUGUAGCCUGACUCUCACUCUGUUAUCCAAAGCAAGCUCAAUAUCCACGAUUAUGAUUUUUCUCUCCUUGUCCCUAAGCCACCAGCGAUACUCCAACCAGUAUUUGAAAGAAGCUUUAACAUCUUUAUCAACAUUCUUCCUGCCUAAACAUUAACAUCUUUCUCAUUGAAUUGUAAGCUUACAUUUCUGUAUUUAAUUUUGCUUGAUUCCUUGCACUUUGCUUUAAAAGCCUGUGCAGGUUACAUUUAAUAGAAGUAUUUCUUCAUUUAGUAUUUAAGACUUGGCCUUUCUUCCAUGUUCUGCUCAAUUCUUGAAUCAGAAUAAUGAUGGGAUCUUAGUAAAGCAAGAUGAUAUCACCUUAUGGGUCAUUAUUUAUCUCAAUUGAGUCGCGUGGGUUGCGAAAUUGUAGAAGAGUCUUACAAAAAUUUACAGUUGGGCAGCAUUUUGCUGUACCCUCUAUUUCGGCUUCCUUUUGAUUGCUGUCCCUCAAAUAGCACAUCCAGUCAAAACAGUGAAAAUGGGAUAAUGGUCUUUGCAGAGUGAUGUUUUUGCAGAUGUUGGAAAUCCGAGCAACACACACAAAAUGCUGGAGGAACUCAGCAGGUCAGACAGCGUCUAUGGAAAA